AAAAGUUUUACUUUCCACUAAAAUUAUCGCUCCCCUUUACUUAUGCGUGGGGUUUCUGAGAGGUUUCCAUCACAACCAUGUGCUUCGUAUGGCUUCCAAACCUUCCAAAUGUUUGUUGCGUGCUGUGAAUUGGGUCAAGCUGCGACCGAGAGUGCUGCAUUUGCUUGCAUUUGUUUGAGCUCUCGUUUUCAGUUCCUUGCUUUUGUCAUCUCGCUUUUCUCAAUUUGGUCUUUAAUUUUUGGCACUUAUUUAUUAAUCUCACAUUUUUCUUUAUUAUUGCUUGUCCCUUGCCAGCGCGUCAUUUCGUCUCUCGGUCAGCAUUACAAACCACCCUUUUGCCAGCCACCCCAUUAAUUACACUCUUCCUAGAAUGAGCGCAAUUUACACUACCGACGAGUACGGCAGGCCGUUCAUUAUUGUCCGUGAGCAGGACAAGAAGAGCCGCAAGACCGGUAUUGAAGCCACAAAGGCCCAUAUCAUGGCUGCAAAGACUGUUGCCAACAUCGUGCGCACAUCCCUCGGGCCGCGCGGACUCGACAAGAUCCUCAUUUCCCCCGACGGCGACAUCACCAUCUCCAACGAUGGAGCGACCAUCAUGUCGCAGAUGGCCAUUGAGAACCAGAUCGGUAAGCUCCUCGUCGAGCUUUCCAAGUCGCAGGAUGAGGAGAUUGGCGACGGUACCACUGGCAUUGUCGUUCUCGCUGGCGCUCUCCUCGAGCAGGCAGAGGAGCUGCUUGACCGCGGCAUCCACCCCAUUCGCAUCUCUGACGGCUUCGAGCGCGCGUGCAAGAUCGCUGUCGCCCACCUGGACAAGGUCUCGGACAUUAUCCCCUGGAGCAAAGACGACACCAGCGACCUGUUCAAGUGCGCAAAGACCAGUCUGGGCAGCAAGAUUGUAAACAAAUGCCACGACCAGUUCGCCCAGAUUGCCGUCGACGCUGUCCUGGCUGUCGCCGACCUCGAGCGCAAGGACGUUGACUUUGAGCUGAUCAAGAUGGAGGGCAAGGUUGGCGGCGAGUUGGCCGAUACCGCCCUGGUCCACGGCGUCAUUAUCGACAAGGACUUUUCGCACCCGCAGAUGCCCAAGGAGAUCAAGGACGCCAAGAUUGCCAUCCUGACAUGCCCGUUCGAGCCGCCAAAGCCCAAAACCAAGCACAAGCUGGAGAUCAGCAACGUCAAGGAGUUUGAGGAGCUGCAAAAGUACGAGCGCGAGACCUUUGAUAAGAUGGUUCAGCAGGUCAAGGACUGCGGCGCCAACAUUGUUGCCUGCCAGUGGGGCUUUGACGACGAGGCCAACUCGCUGCUCUUGCAGCACAAGCUGCCUGCCAUCAGAUGGGUUGGCGGCCCUGAGAUCGAGCUCCUGGCCAUUGCCACGAACGGCCGCAUUGUGCCUCGCUUCGAGGACCUUACCAGCGAGAAGCUGGGCUCUGCCGGCACCAUCCGCGAGGUGAGCUUUGGCACGACAAACGAAAACAUGAUUAUCGUCGAGCACUGUGCCAACUCUAAGGCUGUCACCGUUUUUGUUCGCGGUGGCAACAAGAUGAUUGUCGAUGAGGCCAAGCGCUCGCUCCACGAUGCCAUGUGCGUGGUGCGCAACCUCAUUGUCGAUAACCGCGUAGUGUAUGGCGGAGCUGCAGCUGAGAUCAGCUGCUCGAUUGCCGUCGAGAAGGAGGCCGACCAGGUGUCGACCAUUGAGCAGUAUGCCAUGCGCUCGUUCGCCCGUGCUCUCGAUGCCAUCCCGAUGACCCUGGCCGAGAACAGUGGUCUUCCGUCCAUCGAGACACUGUCGUUUGUCAAGAGCCAGCAGAUCAAGCAGGGUAUCUCGAGCCUUGGUGUUGACUGUAUGGACACAGGCAUUAACGACAUGAAGGAGCAGUUUGUCUUUGACCCCCUGAUCUCCAAGCGCCAGCAGUUCUUGCUUGCCACCCAGCUGGUAAAGAUGAUCCUGAAGAUUGACGAUGUCAUUGUUCACAAGUCGGGCGAACAGUAAAAAAAUUAACAUGAAACGUUUUUAUUUCUAACUAAAAAAUGCGGCAAAUUACUGCUGUUUUGUUUACUUUAAUUCAUUUUUGGGAAAAAGG